AUGGGCAGACGUACAAGCACCGGUCUGGUACUCUUCGCGUGGCUCGGUAAGCGAGAACUUCCGGAAUGCAAGGCAUAUCUAGCUUUCACUCAACUAUAUGAUACUAGUUGCUCUUACUGUAACAGAAAUAGCACCGCUUGCUUAUUCAAGACCGCCACUUCUAUAACACCAACUGCGGAUACCGUACCUUCAUGUACAACUUUCUUCUUUCACAACUCUUUCCUCCUAACGCUGGCUUUCUUUCUAAUGAAAGGGCCUAAGACUCAGGGGCGUGCGUGGGGGCAUUAUGGGAUUGAGAGCAAUUGGUACGAUAAGACCUGCAAGAAGGCCCCGAGCUACAUAUCUAUCGCGGCUAAACAUCACUGGAACGGAGUGGAGUCACUCGACUUAAAAGAUGGGAUUAAGCUCUACUUCUUAUUCUUAAUACGAGAGGUGGGUCACAGGCUGAUAGGUGGAAGUAUUCAAGAUAACUAUAGAGCGGAAUGCUUGGAGCGAGCCGAGUGCUUUCCUUUUAGCCGUGACUUGUACCGAUCUGUAUUUAGCCAGCUCUUUAGCUCUGCUUGGGUCUAUUGGUCUAGUGCUAUUCGGUUAAAUGUCCUUUGUUUGUUGUCCCGUCGUUCAAGGUCGAGGGCAUAA